CCUGCCUCUCGACGACAAGUUAUCGUAAAUCCUAUCAGGGCGCGAAUACGAUCUGUAUAUUCAUUCAUGGACCUCAAAUAUAAUUGGCAAGUAGUACGAGUCAACGGUAUGAUAGCCGCAUGUUUUCGUUGCGCACGCAACUCCGAGUAAAGUUGUUCGGAGGCUUCAGUGUCUUCGGCGCUACUCUGGAGGGCGGUAGUCUGCCCUUACAAGGAAAAUAUGUUCAUCCCUUACGAUGUAUCAGAAGGGGCGAUAUCAAAGAGUCUGUUUAUAGGAAUAAUUUAACCCGAUCAACCCUGUCCGCAAUAAAUAACUUGCGGCCUUUUCAACAUCGUUGAAUAAAUAUACCGAAAAACUUUCAGUUUCAUUUUGCUGUUCGUCCUGUUAAAAUUUAUGCGGUAAAACUUUGGCGAUCAUUUUGAACCGUGUACAUGCAAUUCUUCUCAUAAGUAAUUAAUAUGAUGACCGAUAAAAAUUUUCGCGAAAACCUUGACAAUCCCAAUAAAGUUUCGUCGAUGAUCAUUCAAAUGAGAAUACACGAUCAACUUCAUCGAUCGAUUGUAAGAAGAAAAUUUUAAUCGUGACGAGAAAUGUUUGUGAUUCAAUUUAGUAGCGGUGAAGAAAGUGACGAGCUUUUUCUCGAAAAUUACUCAUUACUGGUGUAGAGGGGUAGAAAAAGUACCCGGUGGUUAAAAGAAGAGUGAAAAAAGAAGAAGAUUCGAAUCGUCACGUACGACUAGUGCGGUGAAGUAAUAGGAAAAUAAAUCAAUACCGCAUCAUGAAUAGUGUGGAUAGUCAAAGACUGUACAAUUGCAGUGCUCUUGUGCUUCAGCAGGAUUUAUCUAUUGUGCGUGACAUGAAUAGGAGCGAACUUUUGAACGCUCUCGAAGAAGCCCUUUCCGGUUCGGUUAGUCGGGAAAUACUAAGGGAUCAGUUAUCCGUUUGUCUAUUUCCCGGCCAACAAAAACCCUUCGAUCUACAAUGGUGGGAAAAGUUAUCAUGGGCACUUAUUUUUGCCGCUAUGUUACUCGUUGCCAUCGGCGGUAACACCAUCGUCAUGUGGAUCGUACUUGCUCACAGGCGAAUGAGGACGGUGACGAAUUAUUUUUUGGUGAAUCUCUCAGUUUCCGACCUAAUGAUGUCUCUGCUCAAUUGUGUAUUCAACUUUAUCUUCAUGCUCAAUUCGGACUGGCCAUUCGGCGCGGUGUAUUGCACCGUUAACAAUUUCGUGGCCAACGUCACGGUCGCUUCGAGUGUCUUCACUUUGGUCGCCAUUUCCUUCGACCGAUACAUGGCGAUCGUCCGACCUCUUCAGCAUCGCAUGUCUCGGAGACGAGCUCUUCUGGCCGUCGCUAUGAUCUGGUUUGCAUCCGCGCUGCUGGCUCUCCCGUGUCUUCUCUAUUCAACCACCAUGACCCGAAGAUAUUCGAACGGUCAGACGAGGAUCGUCUGUUACAUGAUGUGGCCCGACGGACGUUACCCGAACAGCAUGAGGGAGUACAUUUACAACCUCGUCUUCCUCGGAGUAACUUAUCUCGUUCCAGUUACGGUUAUGGCGGUCUGCUACACCCUUAUGGGACUCGAACUGUGGGGUUCGAAAUCAAUCGGAGAACACACUCAGCGUCAAAAGGAGUCGAUGAAAUCCAAGCGCAAGGUCGUUAGAAUGUUCAUAAUCGUCGUAACGAUAUUCGCCGUCUGCUGGUUGCCUUAUCACGGUUUCUUCAUCUUCGCCUACCACCAUCGAUCCUUCACCAACAGUAUUUACGUCCAACAUGUUUACUUGGCGUUUUAUUGGCUCGCGAUGUCCAACGCCAUGGUGAACCCCAUCAUUUACUACUGGAUGAACAAUAGGUUUCGAGUGUAUUUCCAGCAAAUAAUCUGUUGCUGUUUCAUCGGAAGAUCGAGAACACAGAGUAGGCAGCUAGAGUGUCUUGCAGAACUUCCGCACUCGGACUUGGCGCGCUCCAGAUCCGGUAAGGCUAGCAGAACGAUACAAGUAUACCUCAACUCACUGGCGACAGAGCACUACAGAGACUCGAAUACGAGUCCCAAAAUUAGGCAGCAAAAUCACCUGCAACGAUCAAGUUCAUCGUAAUGGAAACGGGGUAUCUAUUUCUUCGAAGGCUUCGAAUUCGCAUCCCUGAAAACGACUUACCGUCCGCUUCGAACUGGUCUAGCGUCGAAAGAAAAUUUCUGCAAAUCAAAUUUGGGCGUAAAAAUUAAUGAAUCGAGCGAGAAGAGGACACACAACUUACCCCAGUGACUGGAAAAAGAAAAAAAGAAAUUCCAAAAACUAUAUUACGAGUUGAAUUACAUGUAAGUCUAAACUGAUUGUGAGACCAUUGAUUUUGAACUAUGUAUAUUAUAUUGUAAUUUGUACAUCGACGAGCUGUAAAUAUUUCUAUGUAAAAUUUCCAAAUAUUUUUAGAUUAAAAAUUCACGAUAAUAACUUUAUAUAAAUACGUGUAAUCUAAUGUAAGUAACAAUAAUAAUGAUAAUAAUUUAGUUGUAACAAAGACCGGACACGGAGAUGAUGAUGAUACGAUGUUGAUACACACUCGUGCUGCGGCGAACGCUUCACUUUGUGAUGAAAUGUUUUUUGAAAAAGUGAUCUCACCGUAUGCAAGCACGAACGAAUAUUCGUUUGCACGUGUAUUAAUGAAAAUAUAAAAUUUCCAGAUCCCGACGGUCACAUAAACAGAUUCUAACGGCGAUCGAAUUUCUCUAUGGUAAUGUUUCUUAUACGUGUGAUAAUAAGUUACGGUUUUGGAAAUUAAGUGGCGCAAAAUUUAUUCGCGUACAGUAUACCUAUAAUUAAACAACUACAUUACCUAAGUAUAUGAUAAAUGUAAAAAAGGUUUCGAUGACUUGACGAUUCGCACUACUUUGUACCAUAUAUUAUUAUAUCCAUAUAUACCUACCCAUGAUAAUUGUACGUGUAAAUUAUAUGAAAGAUUGUUGUAAAUUUUAUUUUUACUCAACAUAUCGAUACUCGAUUUCCAAAUGAUUAUGAAAAACGAAUAAAAGCAGAAGAAAACAAAUCAAAAAAAAACACCUACAGUAAUAAUUAUAUUAACAGAAAUGACACUAGCAGAAUUUCUCUCGUGAAUAUGAUGCAAUAAUAAAUGACACUGGAACGCAUGUACUGCAUAAUUUAUUCCGAUUUAUGUAAAAUUCUAUUUUUUUUUACCUUGACUUUUACAGCCCCUCACGAAACCAUGAAUUCCCUUUUCUUCUCAUCUUCCGAGGUGUUGAAAAAUUAUUUAAAAGAUAAUCCGAUCGAGUUAAUAUAUGCCACGAAACUUGCGGAUGGAAUAUCUUUCGUUCCCUAAUUC